GGUUCAGUAUGGUGAAGGUGCAGAUCAUAUGACCAUCACAUGAACACAGGAGCAGCAAUGCUCGAUCAUUCACUGAACUGCAGGAUUAGGACAAAGAUCACAGACUGACUGAGAACAAACGUUCUCCAUCAGCAUUACAUAUAGAAACUCGUCUGGUCGUGUGUUUCCGACUGAAGGACAUCAGCAGGUUUGAAAAUGAACAGACGACUGCUGCUGGUAUCUAAUUCGACUCUGCACGGUGGGGGAUAUCUCCAGCACUGUCAGCAGCAGAUACGGGACUUCUUUGGAGAGAAGGUGAAGAGGAUCCUGUUUGUCCCCUAUGCCCUCCAUGAUCGAGAUGCCUACACCAAGACUGCCAGAGACAAGCUGACGAGUCUGGGUUAUGAAGUGGACAGUGUUCACGAGGCUGCCGAUCCCGUCGAGGCCGUACGCAAAGCCGAGGCCAUUUUUAUUGGUGGAGGAAACACAUUUCGGUUGCUGAAAGCCCUCUAUGAUAACCAGCUGGUGAUGGAGAUUAGGAAGAGGGUGCUACAGGACGGAGUUCCGUACAUGGGUUCGAGCGCGGGCACGAACGUCGCCACCGUCAGCAUUAACACCACCAACGACAUGCCCAUCGUUUACCCGCCCAGCUUCUCCUCCAUCGGCCUCGUCUCAUUCAACAUCAACCCUCACUACCUCGAUACCGAUCCUCACAACAAGCACAUGGGGGAGACUCGUGAGCAGAGGAUCGUUCAGUAUCAUGAGGAACCGAACACGCCGUGUGUACUGGGAUUGAGAGAAGGGUCCAUGCUUCUGGUGGAAGGAAACACUGCCACGUUACUCGGUUCCACCAAGGCUCGACUCUUCCAGAGGGGGAAGCAGACGACUGAAUAUGAACCUGGGAGUGAUCUGAGCUUUUUGUUUACAGAUGAACAAUAAACAGAAUAAAGAAAUCAGUUCAACAUCCAA